UACGAAAAAAAUGACGGUGACACCAACCCGAGCACAGUCACCAGUGGGGUCCAUCCGUCAGCCUCAGACGUCAUAACAGUGGGUCCCACUCCCACUGGUUGCUCCCAAAUGCCAGGCCUCGUUGAGAGCGCCCCCCUCAACGAAAACCUCUCUGUCCUCGCUCGCUCGCUCUCUCUCUCUCUCUCUCUCUCUCUCUCGCUCUGAACCCUAAUCGAAUAACUGCGUCUUCGACCUCUCUCCAAAUCCCCUCUCCCAUUUCUCGGUGGAGUUUCUCUCCGUCGAUCCCUCACCGGACUCGAUGCUAGGAUCCGAAGAUAGGGCUUCCAAAAAUGUAGUCGAUUAUUCGGAUCCUUAUGUCGUAUCCAAUCUUUUUCAAGAUGGUGGGAAAUAUGGAAGUGUUACGAAAGAUUAUGAAGCUUUGCAGACUCAAAGAAAGCAGGUGUUUGGUUAUCUGUCAUUUCAACCACCUUUUUCCGGUCCUUGUUUAGGUCCACAAAAGCUUUCUCAGUCUUAUGUUGUUACUGAAUCCGAACCAUCACCCGGAUCUAAAGAAAUGAAGGAUGUUAUUGAUUUAGAAGAACCGCAAGAAUCAAAAGAUAAAACGGGAGCAGAUACCAUGUCAGUGAUAGUUGUUGAUUCAGAUGAUGAGGAUGGAUCUCAGCAAGUUCAAAAGCAACCUUCUCUUCAUGAUUUUCGAGCAUGGUUGAACUCUCAGAUGGCGGAGCGACUAAGAAAGAAUAAAUCACCUCUUGUGGCAUCUGAUUCUAUUCUUCCACUUUCUUGUGUGCCAGGAAAUGCCAUAGAAGCAAAAAAACUACCUUCUAUCCAGUAUGAAAAAGUUGUUCUGCAUAAUGCAGCUGAGAAGCAUCUUGCUUCAAAACUUGAGAAUCGACAAUAUCUUACAACAAGAAAAAGGGAAGGUGCUUCUAUAGAGAAUAUAGAGAAGAGUCAAAGAGUAAAAGUUGCAAGAGAUGGAAGAGAAGAUGAUGCUCUAGCUACUCAAGUGAGUUCACCACUCAUUUCCUCUGAGGACCAUUACUACACACCAACCAUCAUGACUCAUCAUGAUGAUACAGAAACAUCAGAAAGUGACGGGUUAGAAGAUAUUUGGAAAGAUAUGUCUAUGGCAACAGAAUUCUCAAAGGAUGAAAUGCCAACAGAUGAAUCAAAUCUUGUUCAGGAAGAAGAGGACGAUUGUGCUCACUCCUUCAUGCUUGAGGAUGAUCUCGGACUUGUUUGUCGUGUUUGUGGAGUCAUUCAGAAGAGAAUUGACACAAUCUUCGAUUACCAGUGGAUGAAGGGCACUCGAUCGACAAGGACUUACAUGCCUGGAUCAAGAAAUUCCAAUUUGGGUGACAUAGCUGAAACCUCUGGGAAGGACAUCACUGAGCACUUACUUCUUGCUGCAGAUAUUUCUAUCCAUCCAAGACACAUGAAGCAGAUGAAGCCCCAUCAAAUAGAAGGUUUUAACUUCUUGGUUAAAAAUUUGCUGGGUGAUCCCCCAGGGGGUUGCAUAUUGGCUCAUGCGCCUGGGUCUGGGAAAACAUUUAUGCUCAUAAGCUUUAUCCAGAGCUUUAUGGCCAAGGAUCUUCAUGCAAGGCCGUUAGUUGUUCUGCCAAAGGGCAUUUUGUCUACCUGGAGAAAAGAAUUCCAGCGCUGGCAAGUGGAAGACAUCCCUCUGUAUGAUUUUUACUCCUCCAAGGCUGAUAGCAGAUCGCAACAAUUGGAAAUGUUAAACAAGUGGCAAGAAAACAGGAGUAUUCUACUUCUGGGCUACAAGCAGUUUGCCAAUAUUAUCUGUGAAGGUGGCAAUAACAAUGUAACAGCAGCGUGUCAGGAAAAGCUCUUAAAGAUCCCAACUCUUCUCAUUCUUGAUGAAGGCCAUACUCCACGAAAUGAUAACACCGACAUGGUGGAUUCACUUGCAAAAGUUAGAACUCCAUGCAAAGUAGUACUUUCAGGAACCUUAUUCCAGAAUCAUGUGGGAGAAGUGUUCAAUAUUCUGAAGCUUGUACGCCCAAAUUUUAUGAAGAGUGAGAAGUCACGAGCUAUUGUCAAGCGUAUUUUGAGCCGUGUACAUAUAUCAGGUGGCAGGAAGCCAACCAAGGGUAACCAGGAGUCAUAUUUCUGUGAGUUGGUUGAGGAGACUUUACGGAGUGAUGAAAACUAUAAGAGGAAAAUUGCAGUCAUCCAAGAGCUCAGGGACAUGACACGAGAUGUGCUUCACUAUUACAAAGGAGAUUUCUUGGAUGAACUCCCUGGAUUGAUAGACUUCACUGUACUUUUGAAUCUUGGCUCGAAGCAGAAAGAAAUUAUCAGAAAGUUAGGUAAGCUUGAUAAGUUCACGAAAAGCUCUUUGGAGAAGGCCAUUUAUAUUCAUCCACAACUAAUGGAACUUCGAGAAAAUGAUAAUGGGGUUAAGGAUAACGGUAUUAGCAUUGAAAAGGUCGAUGCUAUCAUAGAAUCCAUAAAUAUUGCAGAUGGGGCAAAAGCAAAAUUCUUUCUAAAUCUGUUGGCGAUGGCUGAGCGAUCUGGGGAGAGGAUGCUCGUCUUUAGUCAAUACCUUCUUCCGUUGAAAUUUUUAGAAAGGUUGGUAAUUUCGCUAAAGGGAUGGCGUUCUGGAAAAGAAAUCUUUGUCAUCUUUGGUGAUUCUAGUCCUGAAGAUCGAGAACGUUCAAUGGACCAAUUCAACAACUCCCCUGAUGCCAAGAUUUUCUUUGGAUCCAUUAAAGCUUGUGGGGAGGGCGUUUCUCUUGUUGGUGCAUCUAGAGUUGUCAUCUUAGAUGUUCAUCUUAACCCUUCAGUUACUCGUCAAGCAAUUGGGCGUGCAUUUCGGCCAGGUCAAGAGAAAAAAGUUUACAUAUAUAGGUUGGUUGCUGCUGAAUCUCACGAGGAGGAUGAUCACAAUACCUCCUUUAGGAAGGAAUUAAUAUCAAAGCUGUGGUUUGAGUGGAGUGAGCAUUUUGGUCAAUUCGACUUUGAGUUGGCUGCCAUUGAUAUUGAAGAUAGUCAAGAUGUGUUCUUUGAUUACCCUGUACUAAGGGAAAAUAUCAAAGCUCUUUACAGAAGGUCUACUGAUGGCUAAUGUAGAGUUCCAAGCUAACCUAAUCGCCCUUGUGUACAUGAAGGGAUUUGAUCAUGAUUUUGCAGCUGGAAGGCUUAUUCUGGUUGUCUUCAGCUGUUAUGGGAGUUGACCAGAAGAACUCCUCUGCCUCAUAUUGUAAAUACCGUUACGUUUCUAGCAUCUAGAAGGGAGACCUUGAAUGCUGAUUUCUUAUUGUCAAAAUAAGCCUAAUGUUGUUUCUCCCUUUGCUUUCCUUUGGGCGUGCAACUGUUAGUUUUGGGAAUAUCUCCGUCUGCAGUUGUCUUAUGUAUUUCGCUAUGAGGCUAGCUUGAGAUCUAGUAAGGUGCAGUCAUAGGCCUUCUUUAUGUGAAAAAGCCUAAAAUAUGUGCAAAUACUCUUUUGCUUGCUUUGUCGUCAAUAACAUGUUAUCUUCUGUGUCAAUUUCUAAGUUUGUUAUGUCAUAUAUGUUCUCUUAUGUGCUGA